GCAGGCAGAGGAGGAGGAGUGUGGCUGUCUCCACUCACUUCUCUACAGCUAGGGGACUCCGACAAUAAACAAUCCCCUGACUACACGCUACACGCUCUCCCGACGCACACACGGCAGAGCCUUCCUUUUUCAAACAACAACACGUUUUUAGGACUAAACGUUUUGUGUUUUAUACUCUGACCCGCCAUUUUCCCCUCCGUAAAAGUGUCAAGACAGAUGCGACGCUUGUCUUUGGGAUUUGCCUGUGCCGAAUACUAACGAUGCGCCUCUCCGGCUGACUGUGCGGUGGACAAACGCAGGUCCCCAAUGUGAGGUCUGCAAAGCUGAAAGGCGCCACAGGCAGAACCACAGCCGAGCCUUGGACAGACAUCCCAAAUAUCUACAUCCUGGUUCCUCCAGUCCAGCUCCCCUCAUAGGCCUGGGGCAGGGCCGUCUGGGAACACGCUGUGUUUAAGGACAUACUACAAUGCCUGGGAGGCCCACCUGCAGCAGACCGCCUUCACCUACAGCGCCUGUUUCACCAUAGAGCUGACUGCACCGCUUCACAGGAUCUAAUCUGAACUGUUUAACCUCGGUGCGCUUUUUGAUAUUUGGGACAUAUCCCCGUCACUCAAAUGACCUAGGUGUUUUCCGCUCACAGUACUGAACUAUACGAGGGGAUCCUAGUAUUGAACAUGACUCAUGGGGAGGAGCCUGGCCCUGAGACACACAAGGAUUCAGCUGUUCUAACUUAUCUGGAAGGUUUACUGAUGCAUCCAGUGGUGGCCGGGCCCGGGGCCACGGUAGGCGGAAGGUCUGAAGCUGCUCAUAGCAAUCAGCAGCAGGUGGACAAAGGGGGCAGACCGCCUACUCAUGGACCCACUGCUCCAGCCGCUGGAACCAAUGGGCCCUCCCUGGGUGCUUCACAGCACCUAAAGAAGGCCCGCCUACUGCGCUCUGGGGCCUGGAACGAUUCAGCAAGCCAACGGAUAAGCUCGCCCUCAGUUGAAGUGAAUGGUCAAGGCGGGGCCAUACAAAAUGGAGGUCUGGAGGGGUCUCCUCAUGCGGGUGAGAGCACCCUGCUGGCCUCACUGCUACAGUCCUUCAGCUCACGUCUUCAGAGUGUAGCCAUGUCCCAGAACUCUACUAAACCCCCGGGAGAAACCACUCCUCCCCCUAAGGCCCCUGCAGAAAAGGAGCCACUCCCUGUUUAUGGUACAGCUUCAAGCCGUUUGAAAGGUCUUAUGAGAAAAAACAAAAUGCAAAACCAUAGCAACACGCCUUACAGUCGCAGAGGCCACAGCCAAGACCGCCCCCCAGAGUCCCCACGCUCUGCGCACAGUGCCACGCCCCCCACAGAGUCCUGUGCCGAGCGACUGAAGGCUGUGGCCAACAUGGUGAAAAUCCGCUCCAGUCCUGCACCUUCCCCAAAGCCCAGUGUGGCCUGUAGUCAGCUGGCUCUUUUAUUAUCCAGUGAGGCUCAUCUUCAGCAGUACUCCAGAGAGCAUGCCCUCAAAGCCCAACUCUCUGGAAGGUCUGCCAGUGAACGCCUGGCAGCUAUGGCAAACCAACAGCAUGGCCCAGACAAAAGACCACCUAGUGUGGGGGGCACUCUGCCUGGAGCCUCAGACACAUUAAGCUCCUUAACAACCUUAAACAGUAUGUCGACAUCAACAACAACACUCCCUCGAUCAGGCAUGUCGAGUCCACAGAGCCCCUCACUGCUCCGCAGUCAUAGCCAAAGCUCCCCACCCACGCACUCUCAAAGUCACAGCCAUACACCAAGGGAGAAGAGGGGCUUUGACUCCCGCCCCACCCGCCCUCCACAGACAUGUAGCAGCUUACUAUUGUUGCUUCUGAAUAAUCACAACAACCAGAAACAGCUGACUAAAAAUGGGCACCUGGAGGACCCCUGUGGCGUUUUACCCCCUAGCUGCCCCUCCUCAGUGACAUCUGACAGUGAGUGUUCCACACAAGAGCGUAGCCUGGCUAAAGACAGCAGUGACGCUGAGAGCUCCUACUCAAGUUGUUCUCCUAUUGACCUCUCAAUGAGAAGCCGCAUAAGUGUUCAUGACACGAGCCCCAAAACUAACACACUGUCCACCUCCCUGUCCUCCCAAACCCCUCCUUCCUCUGUGCUCCCCUGUGCUCCAACUGCUUUCUCGCCUCAACCCUCUGUUCACUCUUCCACAGCUCUUUCUCCAACAUCCGCUGCUAUUGCCACUGUUAAUACUUCUUCAUCCUUGUCUUUCUCUACCUCCUCCCUUGACAAACUCACUGAGUCUUUAAUAAACAAGUGGAAACCAGAACCAUCCAGUUCAGUGGUCUCCAGAAAUAAAGAGCCUGAAACGAGCCCUGACCUAAAAUCACACCCUAAACUCACACUUAUGCAGCUCCUUCUUGAGCGCAGAAAUAAUGAGAUGGCAAACAAAGGUGUUAAUAAUGAAGAUUUGCCUCUUGACAUUACAAUGGCCACAAUGUCUCGUUGUCAGUCAAAGCCUCUGGUUUCCUGGGAUGAAAAUGGUACAAAUAGCCCUCCCAACCGGCCAGUGCCUCCAGCUCAUCCUCUGUACCCACUUAGCCGAGAACAAAGCGGUGCCCUCUCUCCUUAUUCCUACCCUUCGCCUCAUGUCCAGUCCAGUCCAUUAGAUCUUUGCAAAUCCAAAACAUUUCCUGUUGAGAAAUCCUCCGAGCCCGGCUUUAGUGCCAGUAAACUUUUGCAGAAUCUGGCUCAGUGUGGCACUUCUUCUCCCCCCAACCCUCCUGCUAAACCACUGGCUUCGGAGCUUGACAACCGACCCCUUGCACUUUUAGAAAGGCUCAAUGCCCCAGUACACCGGACCACCAAUACCCCGCUCUCAGAAGGGCCCUCCGGCAGCUCCACCCCCUUUAGCCGCAAAGAGCCCACUCCUCCUUCAUCCCAGAUUGAAAACCUUUUGGAGCGGCGCACAGUUCUACAGCUGCUCCUUGGGAACAGUUCUGCUGCCUCUACACCCAGUCGCAAAGACAGGCCUUCUGGGAGUGGUCGAAGGAGCGUGGAAGUAUCAGGGGGUCAUAAUGACAAGAGUCCUAGUGCCUCCAUCGUCUGUGACAGCUCCAAUGGACCUGCUUUAGAUGUAAAGGUCAAAACUGAGAACUUGGAAGAGAAGGGGCAGCUGUCUGGCACAUCUGAUGAACUGAGUAGCAGGAAAAGACUAAGUUAUGAGAAGAAUAGCCCUCUGUCUGACUAUCAGCCAGACCUAAAAACAGAGCCCAGGCCAGCAGAGGUCAUAGCAAAAUAUGGCCUUCUCAGCCAGCUGCUUAAACAACAGACUGCCACUUAUUACACUAGUGCGGCUGUGCAGGUGGAGCCUCAGCUCAGACAGGUGAAAGAGGAGCAGAGGGACUAUCAGAGCCCCAGUCCUAAAAAGAGGCGUCUGUGCUCUGAACGGACUGACACUAUGAACAAUGGCAACUCUCCCAGAGCAGUGGAGCAUUGUAACCUGGGUUUUGCUUCUCCUGGUGUUCAGGAGGAGUUUGACCAGAGGAGAAGUCCGAAAGCAGAUGAAAUUCCACAAAGAAGAACUCCAAAUGAGACUCUGAGCAAAGAGAGCCGAGGCUUCAAUGUGCUCAAGCAGCUGCUUUUAUCGGACAACUGCCUGAAAGAGUUGUCCCAACAGUCCAGAGGAGCCCCCAGCCCUUCAGUGCUGCAGGCCAAUGGUAAAGCUAAUGGCAGCAUUCACAGUCAGCCUGCUCACAAUCACAACUUCCUGAGCCUGCCUGGCUGGCACCCACAUGGAUCCCUCAGCUCUGGGCCUCCGGGACAUCUCCGAGCACUGUCCACCCCACCUGUGGCUGAUGGACCCAGCCGCACCCAGUGGGGGCGCCAGUCAGCCUCAUGGCCCGUCUCUCAAAAACGGGACACGCCCACUCUGGUUAAAAAGGAGCCUGAGAGCCCGAGCCGCUGGAGCGGUCCAGAGAAGGAGGAGGAGGAUUGUGACUCUAACCCUGACUCCCCCCGACUGUCUCGCUCCAACCCCAUCCUUUAUUACAUGCUGCAGAAGGGCAGCCUCCAGCUCCGAAAGGACGUGAAGGAGCAGACGGAGGGCACCCAGUCUGUGGUCCGAGUCAAAGAGGAGCCAAUCAGCGACCUGCAUGCUUAUGAACACAGCUCCCACCCCCAAUCACCCCCCCACAACGACAAGCACAGCCAUAAGAGCCGAGGGCUGAGCCAAUCAUCUGAAUAGAGGUUUUAUAAACUGUUAAAACAUGACUAUAUAGUACUUCUCUUUUUAUAAUGACUUGCCAAAUUGGUUUGAUGAGACAAAUAAUUGUUUUUGUUUAUGCAAUUGCAUAUUUGCAUUGCCUCUUAUGUUCUAUACAUUGUGGGCAUGAAAUUGCAGAUAAGCCUCCACAAUGGUUUAAUUCAUUGAAAGCUCUUUUUACCACCUUGUGAGUUCAACAUUGCUUUGUCAGUAACAAAUGUCCUCCUUUAAAAUCAGUCUCUUUUAUCUAACUACACAUUUUUAUAUCACAUUAGUGUCUAAGUCCUAGUUUCUCUUAUUCUAGCUGUCAUUACAUUACAGUGAUCUGAACAAUCACGAGACUGUUUCAGAGGAGGAUGUUCGAUACGCUGCAAUAGCUUCAUGAGGCACAUGGAGGUUUGCAUGAUCACAGCUUGUCAUGGGCUUUAUUUGAAACUUAUUUUAAAGGGCAAUAUUCGACAGUGCAGAUUCAGGGUAAUAUGUUUGCAGACGGAGCAGUUUUGAGCAGAUGGGUCAACAGUGUGGUGCAACUGUGUAAGCAGGUUUCUAGAGCAACAGUUAAAGGCUGCUACAUAUGACAGGUUCUUACUAUUCUGGUUAAACUAGCACCUCUCUAGCAUGUGGCUUCAUUUACUUCAUUCCCCUUCACUGUUAUGAUGCAUCCUGAGUUUGCACUAGAACUCAUGCUUUUGGAGAAUAAUUUAAUAGCAUGUUAUUAUUACAUUCUCAUUCUUGUUAUCUGUUGAGGGUCUGGCUGUUGUGAUUACUUCUUACUCAUUUCUAUUGUGAUUUAUCUUUUGUGGCACUCUAAUCUUCAGAAAUGUCAAAAUAAUUGCAUGAUACAAAGAGAUGACCACAGGCCCAGCUGGAUAGUUCUGCCUCUGAAAAAAAUCACCGGUUUAGGUGUGCUGAGGGUAUCUGGCUCAUCAUUUUGAUUGUACUGUAUUUUUAGUAUGGGUUCAUUUCACACCACUUUAUCUUGUCAUCUUUUUAAUACUUACAUAUAUGGAGUAUGUCUCUUGGAUGAAUACAUUUUCACUAUGGUUCAAUAUUCUGUAUUUCUGUAUAUAGUACUUUCAGUAUGGAAGAUGACUAUUUUGUAAUGUUUAAGAAAAGAUAUAAUCCUAGUUUUUAAUGCCCUGUAAAUAGGAAUUAUAUGCAUACAAGUGUACAUAUAAAGGCAGAGGAUGUUAUGCCCAUCUUUUGGUUGGUUUGUUUUUUGCAUGUGUCUAUGUGGUAAAUGAUAAUCUAUCCUGCGCUGUGUUGUGUAACAAUGUCUGACUCCUCACUGCUGCCUGUUGCAUGCAGACGCAUGGGAACUACCUGUGAACCCUCCUGGUGACUGGGGACAAUGUCAAGUCUUAAUAUAGGUCUUUUCUAUCACAGAGAGCGUUUGUUAGAGUAUGAGCAGUCUACAAAUAACCACAGACUGUUAAGCAAAAAGACAAAUAUGUGAAAAAAACGUGCAUUAAAUAUUUUUGUGAUUUUCCUUUCUGUUACUGGUUAACAGCUCUGAAGGAGCUCGGGGCUCGAGUGGGGGAUUGACGUACAAUCAUAGAUUUGCAUUGUGCAUCUGACAAAUACAUUUGUAGCAACAAACAAAAGACGUUUCAUUUUCUCAUGUGAAGCCCUGAAAUGUCAUUUUUUUAUGUUUCUUUUUGGUGUUCAUUUGCACUGAUAUCUCCAAAAUAAAGUACUAAAAUGCA